CGGGCGGUGGGGGGGUCGGCGAGCCUUAAAACUGAGCAGCUCGGUGCGUCUGGUCCCCACCGAGAGCUCUCUCACCGGGGAGGCGGAUACCGACCUACACCCCGACUGGAAACCGAAACCGGUGUCCGGUGCGACCGGCAUGUGCCGACCCGUCUACCGCUAGAGUUUCCUUCUCCAUGCGUCAGUCCCCCCCCCCCCCUCCUCCACCUGUCCACCCGUCCAACCCCCGCCUUCCCUCCAGCUGCACCGCCUCCGCCGCCGGGAAUGGAGCCGGAGCCCGGGGCGGCGGGGACCUUCGUCUCGCUGAGCGAGCAGGAGCAGCGGUACUACGCGGCUCUGCACGGGCUGUGCCAGGCCGACGCCUCCGGGGCGCUGAGCUCCGGGAAGGUGGCGGAGCUCCUCAAGGCGUCCCAGCUGCCGCCGGAGUGCCUGCGCAAGGUGACGGAGCUGUGCGGCGCCAAGCGUCUCGGCUACUUCGGCACGCCGCAGUUCUUCGUGGCCCUCAAGCUGCUGGCGGCGGCCCAGGCGGCUCUGCCCGUCCACCUGGAGAGCGUCACGGCCAAUCUGCCUCUGCCCAGAUUCGCCGGGCUGAAGAGCGAGCCGGAGAUGAAGUACGCCGCCGUCCCGCCCCGCGCCGAGAGCCAGGGGCCCCUCAGCGGCACCGGGUCCUGGACCCCGGACCGGAGACACCCGGGGGACCACGGGGACCGGAAGGAACCUCGGUCUCCAGGUCGCUCCCCGAGCAGCUCGCCGCCCCCCGCCCCCCUGACGCAUCGCGGCUACCCGCACGCCAAGCGGAGGAACGGGUCUGAGUCGCUGAGCGCCUCUCGGCCCCCGGCUGCCCUGGCGCCUCACCCCUCACCCGGUGUCCACGGGACCCGACCUGCAAGGGUCUCGCCCCUCCCCCUCCACCCACAGCUCCGCCCACUACAACAGAUGAGUAGUUCUUUACGAUGUCCCCCCCCCCACCCCACCCCCCAGGACCAGCAGAACCUCGGGGACCCCCCCGAUGAGCCCUGGAGGAUCACAGAGGAGCAGCUGGAGUAUUACACCACUCAGUUCACCAGCCUGCAGCCGGACCUGGGGGCUCUCAUCUUGGGAACCGUUGCAAAGAACUUCUUCACUAAAUCCAAGCUGCCGAUUCCAGAACUUUCCCACAUUUGGGAGUUGAGCGACGUGGACCGAGACGGAGCUCUCACCUUCUCCGAGUUCUGCACGGCCUUCCACCUCAUCGUGGCCCGUAAGAACGGGUUCCCCCUCCCCGAGAGCCUCCCGCCCCCCCUCAGGACGGGCCUGGCCCAGCCGCCGCAGGAGGUGGAAGAGGAGGAGGAGGAGGAGGAGGAGGAAGAAGAGGAGCCAGAGGCGCAUGAGGAGGAGGAGGAGCAGGACACCCCGGAGGGGGCCGAGCCGCUCAUCGUCUUCGAGGACGCCGCGCCGAGGCCCCCGCCUUCACGGGAGCUCGAGAAUCGUCUCCGGAGUCGGACCUCGGAGCGGCCGGAUGUGAGCGGCGGGUCACGUGAUCAAGACGGCGGCGUGAAGACGGCGAGAGACGACCGGCGGACUCUUGGUCUCGGUGCUUCAGAGACUCAGGACCUGGACCCCCACGUUAGGACUAGAACCAGACCGAGGUCCUACUCCAGCACCUCCAUCGAGGACGCCAUGAGGAAGGCCGAAGGGCCUCCCACCCCCCCGCCCCGGCCCCAGAAGACCCACUCCAGAGCCUCCUCGCUGGACCUCAACAAGCUCUUCCAGCAGGGCGCUGCGGGUCUGAAGAGCGCGUGGCUGCCCUCCCCUCCGGCCCUCCCCCCUCGACCUUCUGCCUCGCAGGUUCCUCAGCUCUUCGCCGCCGCGGAGAAAACUCCCCAAAAAAAAGAGACGCAGCCGAACUUCGCUGACUUCAGUCGCUUCAGAGAAGAGGACGUGAAGGAGGCUUCUCACAAUCCGGCUCCGCAGAAGCCGAUCCGCAGGAAAUACCACGCGGAGGGCCAGAACCCGGACGCCACGCCGCCACCCGCCAAGCCGUACGCCACCCUCACCCAGCCGGCUCAGAGGCUGCAGUCCAAACAGAAGAGGGAGAUCCAAACGGCGAUCCGUAAGCACAAGGAGACCAACGCCGUGCUGACGCGCCUCAACAGCGAGCUGCAGCAGCAGCUCAAGGUGGUGCACCAGGAGAGGGUCACCUUGGAGACCAAGCUGGAGCUCCAGAGGCCUCUGGCCUCGACGUGACGGAGCCUGAAGUCCACUCGGAGGCCCGUUCCUGGGAAUCCGCCAUUUGUUUUGGUCAUGAAUGCAGUAUAAAUACCGAGGGGUCAGCGAAGGGGAACAAACACGACAUUUCUCUUACUUUUCAUAAAGUUCUGCAGGAUUAAAACCAAGCAUUUAAAGAAAAGAAACUCUCUGUAUGACAUGCACAUGUGAAAUAUAUUUCUGUUAUACUUUUCUUCAUGUUUGAAGGAGACCCGUCAGGUUUUGAUGUCAUUUAGCUUUGGGUCAAUUACACCGGAUUAAUGUGAAUUAUGACGUUUGUUACCUGAAGAUUUGCUCCAUCUGGAAUGAUUAUUUUAACAUGUCUCUGUCAAACAUGUUGUGUGUGCGUGUUGGGAAAAUAAGUAUUUUCAAGAUCAAAAGAAAUUCCGUUAGUUAAGAAAUAAAAUGAAAUCAAUGA